UUCAGGGCUGGGAAAUCUGGUCACCUUACAAACUGUUAAUAUUAAGAAUCAUUACCGAGCUUGCGUAGUAAUUAUAUUAUUAUUGAGUAAACCCGUUGAUAAUAACUUCAAUUUUUGAUAGUUUAAUGAUUCUUCCAACUUUAUUAUAUCUAAACCGUUCUGCAACCGACUAUUCACGUUGUGUCAACCUUAUACAUAGCAACGUCUUUCAAAUAAUUAAACGGUCCAAGCAUGGCAACAAUGCUAAGAUUUAUGAUCAACCCCGUCGAGUUGCAAAACGCCAUCCAAGCUAAGCACGAUCAAGCCGAAUUGUCGAGACGCUCACACUUUAUCGCGGCACGUAAAAUUCAGGCCUGGUUCCGCGGUGUCGUCACUCGCGCUCAUCUCCGUAGUCUCCACCAGCACGCGACGAUUCUGCAACGUCAUUGGCGUGGUUACCGCACCAGGAUACUCUUCAGGCGUUACCUGAUCAAAUAUGUUCAACAGAUGUGGCAGGAUUAUUACAACAGCAUGGCGACGAGAAUCCAAGCCGUUUGGCGGGGUUAUUGGACGAGAAAAACGCAAAUAAAUUUCGUGCAGCUGCGACGAUGGACUACCUAG